AUGAAUAACACAGAGUAUCAGCAAAACAUCACAGUUCUGUACUGCUUUCCUGACAAUAAUGCAUCUUGCAGGAAGGAGGUGCGAACAGGUCCUGCUUAUAUAUUUCUGUUCAUUGUUCUCUCAUGUGUAUCUGUGUUCACUGUGUUUCUGAACCUGCUGGUGAUCAUCUCCAUCUCUCACUUCAAGCAGCUCCACACUCCCACCAACCUGCUCAUCCUCUCUCUGGCUGUGGCGGAUCUUCUCGUGGGGCUGAUUGUUAUGCCUGUCAAUAUUAUGCUAUUUAUAGACUCUUGUUGGUACCUUGGAAAAUUGGCAUGUUCUAUUUAUUCAGUGGUCAAUAAUCUCUCAACGGCAGCAUCUGUCUGUAAUCUAAUUUUCAUUUCAUUUGAUCGGUACGUUGCGAUCACUGACCCUCUACUUUAUUCCAGUAGAAUCACUGUCUGUAAAAUAUCGAUGUGCAUAAUUCUAAGCUGGUCUUUUUGUCUAAUGUAUAUGAUUGCUGUGAGGCACUUUAAUCAUCUCCUCUCUCCAUCUCAGAUGUCCAUUAGGUGCUAUGGAGAGUGUGUGAUCUAUGUCAAACACUCCUGGGUGAUUACUAACCUUGUGUUUUCUUUUCUAGUUCCUUGCUCUAUUAUAAUUAUCUUGUAUUCACUGAUUUUUAAAGUGGCAAGACGUCAAGCUAAAGCUGUCAGAGCUGUAACAAAUGCUGCCUCACACAAACAUGGAGACAAGGUUUCCCCCGAAACCAAAGCAGCAAAAACAUUGAGCAUUGUCAUUUUUGUUUAUCUUGCUUGCUGGAUACCAUUUUCUUUAAGUUCUCUGUCAGUUGAAAGCUUGUCAUCUUCAUCAAUGGUGUGGACUGUGUUUAUCUGGCUAGUAUACAUGAACUCCACUGUGAAUCCACUAAUAUAUGCCAUUUUUUAUGAGUGGUUCAGAGAAUCCGUUCAUUAUAUUGUAACCUGUAGGAUAUUUGAAUCUUCACCUUCAAGGCUUAUAUUGUUCCCUGAACAUGUUUAA